AUGUCUCCAAGCCACACUCAGAAUCCCGUCCUGCAUGCUGCAGGCACCUCACUCGAGACCUCAGGAUCUCAAACCUCUGGCAUGACCCGCGCGAAUGCGCUCAGCGAUGUCAGCGAUCUCCUCAAUGCCUCCCGAAUGACCGCUGCGCCGCACUCGUCCUCGGCGAUCCAUCACCACGGCGACCAAGACACUAUCAUCUUCGCGCACUCCGGACGAGGAGGCAGCGUCGUUAGCGAGGGUGGUCGGAAGAAACAAAAGAUCGAGCCUGGAGAUUUCGUCUUGAUCCCGGCUUGGGCGGAGCAUCAGGAAGUCAACGAGGGCGACGAGGAAGUGGUCUGGUGUAUCGUGAGGAGUGGACGGCAGGCAAAGGUGGAGAAUUUGGAGAAGGGUUGGGGAUCUAGCUGA